AUGUCAAUGGAUGAGCUAAAUAGGUUUAGUAAUUUUGGAACAAAAGCUUUGACUGGAGAGGGCUCUUAUGGCCAGGUUUCUUUCGCAAAGUUUAGCGAUGGCCAAUCAGCAGCAAUAAAAAAGCUGGAUACCAGUUCUUCUCCGGAGCCAGAUUCCGACUUUACAGCCCAGAUGAAUGAAGCAUUGGAAAUUUUCAUUUUUACUUAUUUUGGGAAGACGAAUGAACACUUUAUGGGUUUGCUUGGGUAUUGUCUCGAAGCAAAUAACCGAAUCUUGGCAUAUGAGUAUGCAAUUACACGACGUAGGAAAGGGGUGCAACGGGCUGAACCUGGCCCAGUUCUCACAUGGAAUCGAAGAGUUAAGGUUGCCUAUGGUGCAGCAAAAGGCCUCGAAUAUUUACAUGAAAAUUUUCAGCCCUCGAUUGUUCAUCGUGAUGUCAGAUCUAGCAACGUUCUACUCUUUGAUGAUUUUCUACCCAAAAUUGCUUUGACCAAUCAGUCUUCUGAUACUGCAGCUCUGUUGCGUUCGACCAGAGCGUUGGGGACAUUCAUCAACCAUGCUUCCAAGUAUACCAUGACAAGUCAGAUAAAAAAGAGACGUUUACAGCUUUGA